GUCGCCUUGGAAACAGAGGAGCAUCCGCGGCGCGGCUGGGAGACCCGCCCCUGCCGCUCCGACCACACUCACGGGCGCUGCCCGUUGAUGGCUGGGGGAGUCCCGAGGCGGACCCGCUGCUGGUCUCAGCCUCCACCCGGGCCCCUCCGCGAGCGCUUUUGUGACUCAGGGAACCGGCCGGCACUUGCUGCUCUGGCGGCCGGAGGGCGGUGCUGACACAGGCGCAAUUCAGGAGGCGAGGAGGGCAGGGCGCUUUCGUCCUGGGGCGAGUCGGAGAGACGCUGGCCCUGGGACUCUCGCCGGGUGCUCGUCCCGCCGGCGCUUCCCGGCCUCCGCCCAUCCAGCCCGUGCCCUUCCCCCGGGACUCGACUCCUCACGCCGGCUCCCCGCCCCUCUCGGGAGCCUCCUCUUCCCUCGGCUCCUCCUCGCCCCUUUGAGGACCUCUUCCCCUCCCCACCCCCUCCCCCACCCGGGACGCCGGGCUGGACCGGACCCACAGCCGCCGCCGCCCGUUUCUGCCAUUCAAUGGAGGACGGUCUGCUGGAGAUCAUGACCAAGGACGGCGGCGAAAUGCCGGCACCUCUGGAGGUGUCCACCGUGCCGGCCGUGGGGGACGUGAUCUCCGGGGAGUACAACGGCGGCAUGAAGGAACUGAUGGAGCACCUGAAGGCCCAGCUGCAGGCCCUGUUUGAGGACGUGAGAGCCAUGCGGGGGGCCCUGGACGAGCAGGCCUCUCACAUCCAGGUGCUCUCGGACGACGUGUGCGCCAACCAGCGGGCCAUCGUCUCCAUGUGCCGGAUUAUGACCAUCGCGCCCCGCCAGGGCGGCCUGGGCGUGGUCGGCGGCAAGGGGAGCUUCCCGGGGGUCCCCCAAGAGACGGAAACCCCUUCGCCUGGGAUCGGGGACGGCGGUUUACUGGGUCGCGAUCCUGAGGACGAGGAGGACGACGACGAAGAAGAGAAGGAGAUGCCCAGGUCCGCCACACCCACUAGUCACUGUGAGCGCCCCGAGAGCCCCUCUGCUGGUCUCCUUGUGGGGGACGGGCCACUUGUGGAGCCCCUCGAUCUGCCCGACAUCACCCUGCUGCAGCUGGAGGGCGAGGCCUCUUUGUGAGGGGACUCGGAGGGGGCGCUACUUUCCUGGGCUGGCUUUGGGUUUCCGAGUGCAUGACGGAGGGGACUGAACUGCGCUGUGCAGCGUGCUUUACUCCGACCGCUGCUCUUGUGGGUCAGGCAGAGAGAGACUCCCUCAAGGAAGGAUUAUAGGGUGAAGGACUUUGGGAGCAUCAAGAAUUCUUUCUGCCUAACCAAGCGAGAUGUAGCAAACUGCGAAAGGUGAGGUUCCGGGAGAGGAAGCGCCCCACCUCUGGACUCCCAUCCAUCCCCUACCCUGCCCUUUCCCCCUCCCCCGUCAACAGGAGAACCCCUGAAUUGUGUAAAUAAAAUCCUGCUUUUUCUAUUCUGAAAAA